GUGAUGGCAGUGAACAGCAGCAGGUUGUGGGUGUGAGAUUGUCCUCAAACCUUCUUUUUUUUUGGUUUCAGUCACGCAGUCAGCCUCAGGCGACAUGGUUGGCUGCGGAGUUCACACUGACUUCUUAGGCACAAAAAGGUUUGCUCAUGUGAGCCUUUCACAUUUUCUGCUCUUUGGUUUUAUGCUUUCUUAUUUCACUCCACUCUCCCUGCAUGCUCAAGUACGUCCAGUGAGGUGCAAGCCAAAGAACAUCUCUGCCCAAUAUCAGCAUUGUGGCAAUCACUCGGAUGGAGUCCAUGACUUAGACUGUUUCAGUAAACAUAAUUCACUUGGUAAUAUAAACUGUGUUUGGAAACCUGGCAAGCACAUGUCCAAAAAGACAUACACACUCAUCAUCCAGCAACAGAGCAAAAAUUACUGCAGAAUUUGCCGCAACAUGACUGAAUUGUCUAAAGCCAUCACAAUAUAUAAAGAUCAAAACCUGACCGCGGAGGUUUUUGAAAACAGGUCAGGAAACUGCACAAAAGCAGUGUUCAGAGGUUCACCAGAGCACUUGUUGCGAUGUGGUCCUCCAAGUCGUGUGUCCUUCAGCCGUCACUCUGGAAGACUAGAUGUGAACGUGGGCUGGAAACCGGAGGACGCAGAAGCCGUCAAGAAUUACUCUGUGAGGUAUAAAGCGGUGAGCAGCCCAUCAUGGAACAAGACAAAUGCGACAUCCAAAAAUGAAAGCAGCUGUAGCGUGGACGAUCUAAACUCCUCACUGGUCUACAUCGUCCAGAUUCAGUGCAACAGAAAUAAAAAGUGCUCACAGUGCCCAUGGAGUGAAGCCUACAGCGUCCCAUCAGAACUGACAACGCGUCCUGUUAUUGUCAACCUUGAAGUUACUGACAUCACAGAGAAAGAAGGCCGCCGGCGGGUUUCUAUAACCUGGAGGUUUCCAGCCAAAGAGCAGAGUGACGACUACUAUGUGACCAUCGAGAAGGCGUCAGGAGAGGCUCCACGUCAGCAGAUGAAAACCUCUCAGCCUGAGAUCACACUGAUUCUCUCCUAUUCGGCUUAUCAGCUCGACAUCAGCGCUGCCAACAAUGCCAGCAUCUCUCCAGCUGUAAGCCAGAUAAUACCACAGCGUGAAGACGGUAUGAGAGAGGAGAAGCUGAACGUGACAGUCCACCACAACACGUCCUUCACUGUCUAUUGGAAAGAUGAUCUCAUCAGAACCUUUGUGUGCUACUCUGUGGAGUGGAGGGAAGAGGGGGAAAAGACAGUGUACAUGUCUUUUUAUCAGGAUGCACAAAACAGCAGGACCUUGUUUCCUUUACCAGAACCCCUGAAGCCUUACAAGAGAUACAGCAUCACUCUGCACACGCGACCGAACAAGGACACCUGCAACAUGAAGCACAUCAACAACAGUGAGAGCACCUACGGGAGCACACAGUUUUAUUUCAUGGAAGGACCUCCUGCCAGGGCUCCCUCCAACAUCAGCAGCUACAACAAGACGCUGAAGUCAAUGGUGUUGCAGUGGUCGUCCAUCCCAGAGGAGUACAUCAGAGGAUUCCUGCUGGGUUACAUAAUCCACUACACCGAGUACCACCAGCGGGGGACGAGCACUGAGAACAAUGUUACAGUGGAUCCUGAGUUUAACAGCUAUGAACUGUCAGAUCUGAAAAGUGGCACAGCAUACAAAGUCCAGAUAGCAGGCUUCACCUCUGCAGGAGCAGGACUACGAAGCCCAGCAAGAAUCUUCAAAACAGAUGAUGACGCAAAUUUCAACGUCAGCAGCAUGAUCGCAGUCUUUGCAGUGAUGGCAAUCGUGCUAAUAUUUGGAACGCCGUUAAUAAAAAGAGCAAAAGCCGUCCUGUGGCCAAGCAUCCCAAACCCUGGAAACAGCAAUGCAAUGCAGAAAAUAGACGGACCCUGUGAACUGGAGCUCCUUGAGGCCAUUAACACUCUACAGGUGGAAGAAUGGGACACAAACAGUCUUCAGAUCGUUGAGAAAGAAGCUGUGAUUCCUGCCAGCACGUUGCCAUCAGCGUUACUCUGUGCUGCAGAAGACGAGGAAGAUUCACCAGAAAUGAUUUGUGACUGGUUCCAAAUGGACACAGACAGCGCAGCGGGAGAGAUCUCACCUGAAGAUACCACAGACACAUUGUUAGAAACACAACAGACAAACAUCCAAAACGCUCCUUUGGUCUUCUCAAGUGGAUAUACCACCAUGGAGAUGUUUCAGCAGGGGAUGCCGCAGGGUUUACCGGUGAAUACAGCCGCAACUGAAGCUGUGGAAAGCCAACCGGAGGACAUGACUGUGUCAAAGUCAGGGAUGGACUAUCUAAGACAGUUCAGUACCAGACUUGUCCAAACUUGGCCAGUGAGCAGUCAUCCAUGAUUUUGUGAUAAAAGUUGGACUGCAGAGCGUGAAGAGCCAUGAUCACUACAUGAAAGACUUCACAGAACCAUUGUCGGUUACUCACGAUGAUGAGCAGUGCUGCUGUUUGGCUGUUGCAGGUCAACAAGGUUGAUUUAGGCUUAUACCAUGAAUAGCAAUAACAAAACUGUGUUUAGUUCAUGUAAAUGUGAAAAAUUCAUCUGAAAACUUGGCAUGCAUGAUGUUGAAUUUUAGAUACUGGAUUUGGAUAUCUGGUGAGAUUGUUAUUUCUAACCAAGAGAUUUUGGCAGAUGGCAAAUACCAAUAAAUGCACAUAUUUUUCUACCUAA